AUGACCACCAGUUUUAAAUCUCAUAGAAUGAAAACAAACGUGAAGAAUAUUUUGCAAUGGACGUCGGGAGACCUUGCUCCAUUCAAUUUCAUGGGUGAGGGAAACUCGGCGUUCAUUAAAAAUCAGUGCAAGUAUACAAAUUGUUUUGUAAUCGACCACAAGACUCACCUUUCCAUGGAUCCCGGUGACUUCGACGCGAUCGCAUUCAACGGGCGAGAUCUAAAUAAUCUACAAAUACCAAAAGUACGUACGAUAGAACAGAAAUACAUUUUCGGUGCAAUGGAAUCUGCUGAUAAUUAUCCUAUCUGUAAUCCGAUAUUCGAUGGAUUUUUCAAUUGGACAUGGACUUACAGACUGGAUUCUGAUUUUCGUUUCGGAUAUAUAACGAUAUACGAUAUGAACGGCACUGUUGUAGGUCCGGCUGUAAAUAUGAAGUGGCCUGAAGUCCUGGAGCCUGUGAGUGACGAAUUAAAAGAUACGCUAUCGAAAAAAAAGAAGGCAGGUGCGUGGUUUGUUUCAAAUUGCAAUUCUAAAAGUAAAAGGGAAAUAUUCAUGAAUUUUUUACAAAAUGAACUAAAGCAGUACAAUUUGUCCGUCGAUGUGUAUGGUUCAUGUGGUAAUUUCAAUUGUCCAAGAAAAAUGUAUAGAGCAUGUGCUAAAUUGGUGAAAGAAGACUAUUACUUCUAUUUUUCGUUGGAGAAUUCUUUCUCUGAAGAUUACGUGACAGAGAAAUUGUUAACUGCUUUGAAUAACUACGCAAUACCAGUGGUGUUUGGUGCUGCAGAUUAUACGAGAUUUUUACCACCCGGGAGCUACUUAGAUGGAAAACAAUUAGGUGUGCCAGAAUUAGCGCAGAAAAUGUAUGAAAUAAUAAAUAACAAGACAUUGUUCUACGACUAUUUUCGUUGGAGGAACCACUACGUGUACAAGGAAACUUCAUCCAAAGAAGAUAUCUGUAAAUUGUGUGAGAUGUUGAACAAUGAGGAGAAGGUUUCUGAAGUCAGCGAAUGGCCCGACUUUAGGAGGUGGUGGAACGGAGAGAGAUAUAGAGACAAUUGUUAUAGAGUAAAAUAA